AUGGUGGAUAAGGACCAGCACGCACGUCGCUUGCAAUUGCUCUCGGCGCGCAAGUCCGCACUCGUUUCAGCGGGUGGCGUGAACGCGCGUCGACUAGUACUGCAUCGACGGGUUUCAAAGGAAAAAGAAAAAGAAAAAGAAGAAGAGAUAGAGCCUAAUAAUGAGUGUGGAAACCUCUUUUGUAGGCAGAUUUUAGUAAAUCGGUAUGCUAAAUUCUGCGAAGAUAAGCCUAUAUGUCAGCGUUAUCGGGCACUGAAAUUGCAGUGCCUGGCUAAUGCGCAGGCAGAAGAGGAUGAGGAAGACACUGUACAAGGGUCGUCGGCUUUAUCGUCAGGUAAGCAUGGGCUGCAUACGAAAAAGCAGAAGACAAUUACAUUACCACUAGUGCGGCAAUCUACUGAAAUCAGUAAUGAUGCCGAAAUUGGAAGCGAAUUGUACAUUUCUCGGAUAAAGAGACGCCGGGUAAGCGUAGAUAACGCCUCGGCUCGCUCCGCACCGUCGUCUCCUAUAGGUGCUGUUUCUGUGGCUUCCGCAGGUAUCACGAAUUGGAGAAUUCCCAGGGAAAAGCCAGCUCAAGCAAGGACCUCAGCGCAGGCAAUGAGGAGAAAGAUGAGUGUGGAUCUUGUGCCUCUUGGCGUUGCCAACCGAACUAGCUUUGCUGGUGGAAGAUACGUACAAAACGGAAAUCGGUCCGCUGUGCAAUCAUUGAGGCCCUUAGACCCGCGGCCAAGACCCCCAAGUAAGACCAAGCUUCCGGCACCUGCAGUAUCAGCAGCACCCACUUCUGCAUUAGUUCUUAAUGCGUCGUCCAGACCUGCGCAGAGAACAGAACAAACAGCGCUAUCACACACUCAAAGACCGAAUCCAACGCUACCUCCUCAGGAUGCUAUGUUGGCCCCGUCGGAGCCUCAGCAAACAGCUAGAGCCUUCACGCCCGUAGCACCGCCGGUGAAAUCUCCCACAAUAAGAUAUGUCCCAAGUUCACUCACCACAACUGUAGUGCCUGACAUUACACGGAUUUCGACCACCGAUUAUCUAAAGUGCAAGAGAGGUGAUAAUGGACGACAUCUACCAGGACAACAGACGAAACACCGACCAUCGCGAUCUUCGUCGAUUGAACGCUCUGGCAGCUCAAGUGAUGAUCGUGCUUCAAGAUUUCUGCCAGCUACCGCCUAUCCGACGAGCCCGCCCGGAUGCCAUCGCAUUGAUAGUGCCCCACUGUCAUCGUACACGGUAUCUUUCUCCGCUGUAGAUCCACGUAGACAGCAUUUUGAAGGUGAAGGAAGACACCAGCGAUCGCAUCUCGGUUUAGAGGAAAACAAAAUGAGGUACCGAGAAAGAUCGGAGGCCCGCGGCGAGUGUGAAUGGUCCACGUCUGCGAUGCGGGAAGCUGCGAAUUUCCCGCCAUCACGUGAUCAUUAUCCUUUCCGGCAUCAGGAUCUAUCUGAGACUGGUUUUAGCAGUAGUGACAACAACUACGCAUUCGAUACAAAUGUUGACUCAGCUUCAUCUUUAGCAGAACCCUCAUACUGGAGAGGACCCACGCAGGAAGAGCUUCCGCCACCUCAACGUGUCCCGAGUACUCGCCAAAGUGAGCAGCAUGUACAUAACAAACGGAAAAACUCUACUUACGACGGUUUGGAGAAAGAUGUUCCAACAUUCUCACACAAGGAGAAUUUUCUACCACGUUUGCUGUCAGUGUUUGUUAAAAAGUUGCCCCAGUCGCUGGAAGCAGUGUUCAACGUAACAAAGAAGCCGAGAAAGAUGAAUUGGUACGUUACGUACGUCAAGCGAAUUGAGCACAUUUGCAAAGCAUUUGACCUCCAUGUGAAGUUCGAUGGCUUGACAGCAGCGGUGACUGUGCGAGGCCGUGAGUGGCUUACGUUGCAGAGUACGUCUACGGUGUCACUGCAUCUCAAUGUCAUCAAAAGCAUACGGGCCGAGGCGGUGACGUGGUUAAGGUUGAGUGAGGAGAUGGAGUCGGCUUUUGAUUACUACAAAGGUGUGUAUGGCAACCAAGUAAACAAAAGCAUUUCCUUUCUUCGUGCUUGGAACGAAUUGAAGCACAAGGAAAAUUAUAUCUCGCUACCAAGAGAGACUAAUUACUUUUGUGGUGCACGACUCCAUCACUGGAAUUUUGUUGUCGGAAAGGUAGAAAUCGGGAGUGGCAGCCACGAAGAGAAGCGCGAGGCAUUCCGUUUAGCCACUGUGAGCGCGCUAAAUUUUCUGUUGAGCAUACGUCGUCGUGAGCGUCCUCCUGCCGAGGGUAUCGUGGAGGACGCUCUGCUCAGCGCUAAAGGACACCAUCGAAGCUCAAGCCGCGAGUCAUCCUUGGGCGAUAGAACACGCGCCUCUCCUGCUACCGAGACCGAAAAUGGUUCAUCUUUCGCAUUGCCCUCUGCUGAGCUUCCAUCUUCAAUUGAGCCACUUCCACGUGCAGAACAGCCGUCUUCUGUCGUGCGACCUACCGAGCAUCGUACGGUGGCUCGUAAUCCUGAGGAGACGAAGACACCUUUUCACGUCAAGCAAUCAAUUACUAAUAGGCUACAGCUUUCUGCUGACGCACCUUUAACUGACGAGCCACAUUUUGGAAGAUCAACCUCUUCCAUGAAUGUUGAACGCACAGAGAAAGCAACUGAAUUGAGCUCACCGGUAAUCAUUUCUAACAGCAGUCAUAAGGUGGCAGAGGCUGCGGAACGAAGUGAUACGUGCGAUGAGCUGACCAUUACAGAUGCAAGCAACAUGAGUGCAUUGACUACAGCACGAUCGCCGCUUCGAUCGAAAAUAAUACCACUGAAUGCCCCUACAAGUUCACCUGGGCCUGUUGCUAAACUCGCAGCUUCUACCACACUAGCUACCACACCACCACUCUCUACUCCGGCAGAAGAAAUAUCUACACCUUUGACCACUGAGGCGGAACGUAAAACACCCGUGGCGAUGCUCGCGACGACAGUGGCAACAUUUGGUGUCUCUGCAGCUAAGGCCACCUCAGCAAUGCAGACCAACGCAAUACUACCUUCACGGCGGUGUAUGAUGUGCGAGAUGAUUCGUAUGCGAAACCCGGAUAGUGAGCGAUGCUUGCGCUGCCAGCAGAACGAUGCACCAGCAAACGGGGUACUUCGUACCUUGUGUGGGCCUUGA